GCUGCGCAGUCAACGGAACACCACCAGUUACAUGCGCGCAUGGAUUUUCCCAUGCGGCCUGCUGGACUCGGCUGUACGGUGCACCAACUCCGGGACUACCACUCCGGCUGCCACGCAAUACUUUGACUAAGCGGACCGACUCAUAUAAACGAGCGUAUGGACCAGGCCUUCAUCGAUUUCUAUCUCGCUUUAUACGUCGUCGGGUUGAUCGAGUGAAUGGAAUGCGAAUGAACACAAGAACAACAUCAAGAAAAAUACUAGUGGAAAGUGAAAAGUGAUGUCCAAGAACUCAGCGGGAUACGUCAAAGUUGAUGCACACGACCCACCAGAAUCGUACGAUGACGUGGAAGCUGAACAAGAAGGGGAUCUCUUACUCCGACCAAUCCUACAUGAUGACAUCCUGGACCGGGCCUCCUCGCACGAUGCUUCCAAAGGGAUCACCGACCCUAAAAGUCGAACGUCAAGACCCUCGAUCUCAUCGCCAGUUCAAUCAAAUCCGUUUCCUGAGGAUCAGCAAGACAGAAGACCCAAGCAUCCCGAAGGCAGCGCCGAAAGUAUAGUUGCCAAAGUGGUACCCGAGACCGAUGACCCAUCAAUGUUAACCAACACCAUUAGGGUUUGGCUGAUCGGUGGUGUAUUGGGUGCAAUGGGCGCAGGCAUCAAUCAGAUUUUCUUCUUCAAAUCCAACGGGAUUGGGUUCGGCGGAUUCUUUAUCACACUUGUGAGCUACGCAGCUGGAAAGUUAAUGGCGGCCUCGUUACCUGCGUGGAAUAUUCCGCUACCCAAUCCACUUGGUUUUAUGUCCACGCGGAAAACAAAUCGAUGGUUCUUCGAGGUUUCCUUAAACCCUGGUGAAUUCAGCGUUAAAGAACACAUGUUGAUCGGGGUCCUGGCGGGAUGUGCCUCCUCCGCUGCCUAUGCUGGUGACAUAGUAGCCGUUCAGGACCUCUAUUAUCAUCAAGAUAUGGGGCAUUUCGGGGCUUUACUGUUGAUUUUAUCUACUCAGCUACUAGGGUUUGGGUUGGCAGGCUUGACAUACUCCAUUUUAAUUCGACCUACCGCGAUGAUUUGGCCAAGUUCGUUGGUAGUCGUCACGCUUUAUAACACCCUCCAUGCUGUUGGUGAUGAUACCCAGGAAAGCAGAGAGUUUACCAAGGCUCGAAUGAGGUUUUUUACAACUGUCUUUCUGUUGAUCUUCGUAUAUCAGUUUUUGCCAUCUGUUUUUGCCCCUACUCUUACCAGCAUCUCGAUCAUAUGUAUCAUCAACAACCGUUCCACAUUCAUGAGGGUAUUAGGUUCUGCAUAUACAGGAGCUGGCCUAUUGACUCUUUCGCUAGAUUGGACCGUGAUUGGAUCAGUUGGCUCCCUUUACACGCCGUUCUUCGCCUCCUUCAACUACUUCGCGGGUAUGGCAUGGUCGAUGUGGAUUUUAGUGCCGCUGAUGUGGUACUGUGACUUUUGGAAUAAUCGAAGCUUUGGGGAUAAUGCCGUCUCUGCCCGGCUAUUUGACCAAAGCUAUAACAAGUAUAACGUGUCUGCUGUUGUGAAACCUGAUUUUACAUUAGACGAGCAAAAGUUUCAAGAGCUUGGGCCGAUCCAAUUGACUCCCUAUUUCGCAGCAUCGUACGGCGUUAGCUUUGCGGUGUUGACGUCAGCUGUGAUGACGGUGUUCCUAUUUCACUCUGAAGACAUCAAGUCGGCCCUUUCAGCCCGGAACAAAAUAUCCACUGAUGUUCAUGUUGAGAUUAUGGAGAGGAAUUACGAAAACGUGCCGAUGAGUUGGUAUGCUUGGAUCGGCGGCACAAUGUUUCUCGCUUCGAUCUUUGUGGUCUUGUUCUAUCCUCUCCAGUGUCCUGUUUGGGCGUUAUUGUUGGCACUAGGAAUGGCGACUUUCUUUAUUAUCCCAAUGGGCAUCAUCAAAGCAACUACCAAUACACAGAUUGGAUUGAAUGUGAUCACGGAGUUUGUGGCCGGAAUCCUGUUGCCUGGAAAGCCGUUAGCAAACAUUACUUUUAAAGUGUACGGCUUCAUGACUAUGAGUCAAUGUCUCGAUCUGGCAGCCGAUUUGAAAUUAGGAAUUUAUGCUAAAGUACCACCUAAGGACAUGUUCAUAUUUCAAAUAAUCGGGACUUCAAUCGGGGCAGUGAUUAACUAUAUCUUCAUCCGUUCGGUGAUCGCGGACAAAAGAGACCUGUUGGAUGGUACCGUUGUUGAUCCAAGUGGUCAAUGGACCGGCCGCAAGCCAGAGAUCUUUUACUCCGCCUCGGUGAUAUGGGGUUUGAUUGGACCCCUCAAAUUCUUUUCUGGUAAAUAUAGGGUCUUGUUUUGGGGAUUUCCAAUCGGCGCUUUACUGCCUAUCAUACCUUGGUUUAUGUCUCGGAAUAAUCCCAAAAGUGUUUGGCGGACACUGAGCAUUCCAUUGUUUCUUCAUGGGGCCAUCACUCCUCCUCAAAUCCCUACCAAUGUCAUAGGUGUGGGCUUUUUGUCAGCCUUCCUUUCGCAAUACUGGGCAUUGAAGUAUCGUCCCAAAUGGUUUGAGAAAUAUAACUAUGUGCUUUCUAGUGCACUAGAUGCUGGUACCAGUUUAAACGCCUUGGCAGUCUAUAUGCUUGGCUUAGAGGCUGCUCACUCCUGGUGGAAUCCAACAAAUGAUGCAGAACAUUGCAAACCUGGAUCAUAAAUAGUCAUCUCUAUUUCUCUCCCUUUUGAUAUGAUUAGAAACAUAGAUCUUUCUUGUUGCACUAGAAUCACUCCAUCAUCACUCAUCUUUGCCCAGAUUAUCGUUAGACACUUCCGAAUACAGAGCUUCAAAUCGUGUUAUGGCUUUCAUACCCAUCAGUCGUCCAUCCAUCUUCGCAAAUCCUCAACCCUUCCCUCCUACAAACCAACGCGAUCAAUCAAACAAAUUAUCCACUAGAGUGUGAUAAAAGCUUGCCUCGUUUUUCAUCUUCAGAAGACACCCAGUAUCAUCAAUCAUAUGCUUUGACAUCUCACAUCAUCUUUCCAUUUCCCUUGGUUUCAAUUCUCAGCCAGCAAAACAAUAAAAGCUUGACCUCAUUCCAAAAUAUCCUUUUUUUUCCUGGAGCUUUUAACUGGUUGCUCUUUCCUUGACAAUUGUUAUAUAUUCC